AUGGGUGAAGCAUCACAGCAGCCUCGGGAGCAGCUCCAACCCCUCAUCGAGCAAGAGCACAGCACGAAUGCAUUCUACUCCAAUCUCAAGGAUACCGAUGAGAUUCGCCUACUUUACCUCGAGCCCAAGACGAGCGGCGAGAUCAUCAACUGCGCGUUGAAGCAUGCAAGGCUAUCCAACCUGCCUAAGUACGAGGCUCUCUCCUACAUGUGGGGUCCAAAGGAUGUCCGGACAGAGCACUCGAUCAGUAUCGACAACUCCAACUUCUGUGUCAGAGAGAAUCUUUGGCUAGCCUUGCAGCAUUUGCGCCUCGAAACUGAGACCAGAGUGCUAUGGAUCGAUGCUAUUUGUGUUAACCAACAUGAAACGCAGGAACGGAACCAUCAAGUCUCUCAAAUGGGAAUUAUCUUCAAACAGGCUGUCAUGGUAAUUGUUUGGCUUGGUGACGCCGAUGAUACCAGCGCGCUCGCUUUCCGAUUUAUA